AUGCUUCGUCAAUUGCUUCCCAGAAGCUCCUUGAGCACCAAAUCCAGCUCGAGGUUGUUAGCUGCGUGGGAACAGCCUUUACGGUAUUACAGCAUAAAAGCUACUGCCGCGUCAACAACGAAAUUAAAAGAACUGGACGCCUCUACUUUGUCCAUAACCAAAACCACGACGCCAAAAGAGCUUGUGCCAUGGAAUGAACUGGUCUUUGGGCGGUCAUUUACUGACCACAUGCUCAGUAUAGAAUGGACAGCAGCAGACGGAUGGCUUCCUGCGCGCAUCACUCCUUAUCAGAACCUCUCUCUCGACCCCGCGAGUUGUGUCUUCCACUAUGCAUUCGAAUGUUUCGAGGGAAUGAAGGCAUACAAAGAUAGCAAGGGACAAGUACGGCUUUUCCGACCAAAUAAAAACAUGCAACGUAUGAACGAGUCCACCGCAAGGAUAGCAUUACCUACUUUCGAACAAGCAGCCAUGAUCCAGCUGAUUUCAACAUUCGCGAGUAUGGAGGAGCGAUUUAUCCCGUCAACGAAAGGCUACUCUCUUUAUCUGAGACCGACAAUGAUUGGCACACAAAGAACACUGGGUGUCGGACCACCAGGUUCUGCAUUGCUGUACGUGAUCGCGUCUCCGGUCGGUCCAUAUUAUCCUACUGGAUUCAAGGCCAUCUCACUCGAAGCCACCGAUUACGCCGUCCGUGCCUGGCCUGGUGGCGUCGGCGACAAGAAACUUGGUGCCAACUAUGCGCCAUGUAUUGUGCCACAAUUACAAGCAGCAAAGCGAGGAUUUCACCAGAACCUAUGGCUAUUCGGCGAGGAGGAAUUCGUCACUGAAGUCGGAACGAUGAAUAUGUUUGUUGCCAUGAAGAACAAGGAAACCGGGCAAAAGGAAUUGAUCACCGCACCUCUUGAUGGUAUGAUCCUCGCUGGUGUUACUAGAGACUGUGUACUCUCCCUCGCCAAGGAAAAGCUCGUUCCUGAAGGAUGGAAUGUUGUUGAGCGAAAGUACACGAUGAAGGAGCUUUCAGAUGCUGCAAAGGACGGUCGAUUAAUAGAGGCAUUCGGUUCGGGAACUGCUGCAAUUGUCAGUCCGAUCAGAAAUAUCAGCUGGAAAAAUGAGCUUGUUGAUUGCGGUUUACAGCCGGAACAGGAAGCUGGUGAGAUUGCAUUACAGAUGAAGAACUGGAUCGAAGAGAUUCAAUAUGGAGAUGUGGAGCAUGAGUGGAGUUAUGUACUUCCACAAUCGAAAUGA